AUGGCUUCGCUGGAUGCGGAGGCGUUGGUCGAAGCCUUGCGAGAGGCUUUGCUAGGUGCCAUCGAGAAGAAGUUGGACAUCCAGCAGGCGGAGUUGCUCGCAGCCUUGGAGGGAACGCUGAAGCGUGGUACCCUCCGGCUGGAGGAGAAGGACGACAUCUUUGCAAGCGAGGCCCAGGUACCAGCCAACGUUAUGGGCCGGGCAAGCUCCUGGCUUGGUGGUCCUGAGCAGAGGAUCCGAAGAAGAUCCCGGGAAGUGAAAGUGCCUCAAGAGGGGCCGUGUGAAGAGGCGUACCGGGCAGUCCUGCCCUUGCCUGACGACGGCAGUCCUGACCUACCGGAGCGUGACGUGCCGGGGCUGGUCCCCAAGGUUGAGGCCGUCUCACAGCCAGCGCGUCUGGAUGGCCACGCUCCCACGGUCCACAGCGUCGAGGUGGUCUCCCAGACGCGGCUUCUGGACACGGACGUGCGCGAGCACUGCGUGGGCACUGGCUGCUCCCGCUCCGCUUUUCGGGACACCGGCGCCUGCGGAUUCCUGCUGCGCUGGGGUUGGCUGCUGAGGUUCACGAUGUGGGUGCUGUUCCUCUCGGAACUUGGCCUGGCAAUUCUGGUCCAUCAAUACGGCCACGUGCACGGCGUGGCCUGGGACUUUACUGUGGUUUCGCUGCUGUUCUACUUUAUGCUGGCCUAUGGGAGCGUCGUACUACUUACCCGGGCCCUAGCUUCGGAGGCUUUGCAUCUGGUGGCCCUGAAGCUCCAGCUCCACUUGGAUGAUGUGGGAAGGACGGAGCUCUUCCGCCGGGAGCGCUGGAAGUACUCCCUGGCGUGGCUUGGCUUUAUGGCCUGCAUAGUGAUCGGCCAGAGCUUUGAGGUUUGGAACAUUCAGCGUGGGGUGCUUGACUCCACGAUCCUGCGCAUCGAGGAUCUUCCCAUCGCCAAGGUAUGCUCCCAGGUAAACGAGGCAAUCACUGUGAUCGCGUUCGCCUUCGUGAGCGCUGUGAUCCUCCUCAGCUGCUACAUCCAGUCAGUGCUGCUCCUGGCGACGGACGGCGCUCUGGAUGCCUGGUGCUGCGAGGUCUACGACAGCCAGGACUUCGAGCUCGGGGUGAAAAGUUGGAACCGGAUGCAGGCGCUUCUCAAAUGCCUGAGCCGAGAGCUCGAAAACUCGUCGGUCCUCCUGCAAGCCAUCAGUGGAAUCGGCUUCGUCGCCUACGCGGGCAGCGCGGCCCACGUUGCGCUGAAGGACCACUUCGAGUCCUUAUCGGUGUCCAUGGUGGGGCAGGCCGGCGUGCCAGCCAUCUUCCUCUUGAUGAUCGUCAUGCGGCUCGGUGCACAGGCGGCAUCGCUGACCGAGAAAUGUCGGGUCCUUCCCGGUUUUGUGAAUCAGAUCCCCGGCGCCUGCAUUGACCUUCAUCGGCAGUACCUGGUACGAUUCAUUGUGGACACCUCUGCAGGAUUCAUUGUGAAGGGCGUCACCCUGACCCAGGGCAUGUUCCUGAAGCAGCUCUACCUGCUGGCCACCAUCCUGUCAGGUAUGGUCGGAGUGCUUCUCCGGCUUUAUCUGUGA